CACCCACCCGCCCACCCCGGCUGGCUGGCAGUUCUCGGCUACAUUACAUACUCCCUGGCUGGUGAGAGGUCGUGGAGAGAAAGGAAGGAAGGAGGAAGGCAGGAGGAAGGAAGGAAGGUGGGAAGGAAGGAAGAAAGAAAGAAAGGGAAUACAUAUAAAGAUCGCAGUCAUGGACGGGAAUCAGCAACUACAGCAGCAGCAGCAGCCGGGUGAAGAGCAGCCUUCAAUAGCAGCAGCAGAAGCGGAAGCAGCAGCAGCAAGAGAUACUACUGAUACUGCCGCGCCCUCCACUCCUCCACCGCAUACAACAUCUACAUCUACAACAACACCCCCACUACCACCACCUUCAUCGUCACUCGGCGCACCCACCACAACCACAGAUCCUCCAGCGCAGCACAUAGCCGCCUCCGAACCCCCAACCGCCGCCGCCGCAACAGCAGAUCCACCAGCGCGACACACCUCCAACGCACCGCCGUGGUCCUCGGUCUCCCCACCACCCGUCUCGCCCACAACCCAAACACACCAGCCCUCAAGCAGCAGCAAGCGCAAGUGCGACACGCCGCCCGCCUCCUCCUCGCAGUCUCCCAAAAAGCCGCGGCGCACCUCCAAGCUGCGUAGCGACUCCACCGCCUCAGCAGACGGAAUGUCGGAGCGCCCGCGCCUCACCGAGCAGGAGAAGAAGAGCAACCACAUCGCCAGCGAGCAGAAGCGGCGCAUGGCGAUCCGGGAGGGCUUCGAUAGGCUCACGGAAAUCGUGCCGGGUCUCGAAGGACAAGGGAGGAGCGAGAGUAUCGUGCUCAGGAAGUCCGUGGAUCACAUGCGUGAAGUUUUGCAGGAGCGGCAGGAACUAAUAGAGCGCAUUCAGGCGCUAGGUGGGGAGAUCCCACCGGAUCUUCAGUAGAUUUUGACCGGGUGGGAGAGGAGGGAGUUUUGGUGGCUGCGGCGGCGGCGGCGACGGCUAAGGGUGGGUACGGCGUUCUGUCUUGUUAUUGCGAUUGCUUAAUCCAGGGUUUUCUACCGAGUGGGAGUUUGCUUUUCUGUUUUCCUUUUUGCUGUCUUGUCAUGUUGAUGUGGAACUUGAUGUAACUCUACA